ACCCUAUGACUGCUUCUGUGCCAGAAGCAGUGGCUGUGGAGGAUCAGGAUCCUCCAAGGGUGCCUCUGUUGUAUGAUGCAUGUUUAACACUUGAAUUUUCCAGGCAUUUGUAUGUCCAGAUCAAGAAUUAGGAAUUAUACUGAACUGAUUGCUGCCACAUGUUUUCAAACUGCAGAGCACUACCUGCAAUGUAUCGUGCAGUUGUGCAGCAUAUAUACCCCAGGGAUGCAAAGCUAAAUACCCUGAUUAAGAAACAUCAGAAGGAUGUUGAAUGUACGCAUUAUAAUGUCGCCCUAAUGGCACAUCACCUUCCCCCACCCAGUCCCCAGGUCUCUGUUGUGGCAGGAUCACCAGGAUCAGUGUUGUAGGAAGAAGGAGCGUUGGACAAGAGACCAGGAAGAGCGUUUGCGGUGCCGGGAUCCUGACGCCUUCACCUGCGUCUCCCCCGAGCUCAGCCCUCUUCGUCCCCCGGCCCCUGCGCCAGGGAAAGACGUUUUGUUCUUCUUGUUUCCUUCAGCUUCCUCCUCAGCUCUUUUCCUUUGGUGAGUCGCUCCGACCACUGUGCUUGCUUUACACACUCCACCACUGGCAAAACCCCACCCUCCGCUCCCCUUAGGACUUGAGGGUAGGGGAGGGAGGGGACGGGGCCUCGGCCGCUCUGCGCUGUGGGGUGGUGCUGACGGGCUCGGCAGCCGCUCUGCGCGGCGCUCAGUUGUUCCGGUUGUGGAGGAAAAAGGAAGUGACGCCGCAUGCAGAGCCCUGUGGCCUCCUGUGACAUUCUCUCUAGCGCUGGGGGUGCAGAGAGGCUUCCGCGCGGCUGAGACCCAGCUCCUUCCGGCCGCCCGUGCCCUAGUUGUUACUCCCCGGGUCGAGGCUAGGAGGGGCCUUGCGGUGUCCAGACCAUGUGCUCCACACUUUGAGACCAGGAGGACCUUGGUGUUCUGAAAUGAAGAUGGAGACAGUGGGAAAAGCAGAACUUGUUCAUUCAGAAGUUCCACCAAAGACUUCUGAAAAGCAAGAAACUGCUCCUGAUGAAGAUGGACCUAUAGAACUCGAGACACAAACUCAGAAAGACAACAUGCACGCUGCAGCAGACUCAGCGGUGCUUUCUUCAAUGCCUUGCUUACUGAUGGAACUGAGGCGAGAUUCUUCAGAGUCUCAAUUGGCAUCUACAGAGAGUGAUAGGCCAAUGGGUGGUCGAGUUUACGAGAGUGACUCUUCUAAUCACUGCAUGCUUUCCCCUUCCUCCAGCGGGCAUUUGGCUGACUCAGACACAUUGUCUUCUGCAGAAGAGAAUGAGCCCUGUCAAGCUGAAGCUGCUGUAGAGGGAGACCCUUCUGCCAUGUCUGGGGCUACAGUUAGGAGGAAAUCCAGGAGAUCCAGGUCUGAAAGUGAAACUUCAACAAUGGCUGCCAAGAAAAACCGACAGUCUAGUGAUAAGCAGAAUGGUCGAGCUACCAAGGUAAAAGGUCAUCGAAGUCAAAAGCACAAAGAAAGAAUCCGGCUCUUGAGACAGAAGCGGGAGGCAGCUGCUCGCAAGAAGUACAACCUGCUGCAGGACAGCAGUACCAGUGACAGUGACCUGACGUGUGACUCAAGCACGAGCUCAUCAGAUGAUGAUGAAGAGGUUUCAGGGAGCAGCAAGACAAUCACUGCAGAGAUACCAGAUGGACCUCCAGUUAUAGCUCACUGUAAUAUAUCAGACACAAACUCAGACCCAGAAGUGGUAAAUGUGGACAAUCUGUUGGCAGCUGCAGUAGUUCAAGAGCACAAUAAUUCUUUAGUAAAUCAAGACUCAGGAUCUACCUGGAGAACCAGAGGGCUGCUAGAUGAACUGAGUGCUGACACAGUUUUUCUUCAUAUUCAUGGAGAUUCAUCCUCGCCGUCUGGUCAGUUGAAUAGUUCUUCGGCGGGGAGAUGAAUAUUAAAUAUAACUUCUGGGAACCGCAUAUUGAGAUGCAUGUCCCCGAUGGCGGAGCAAGGCCCAUUUCGGUGGUAAUGGUUGGGUCGUUCACAAUCCCAUCUCUGGAGAGGACCCAUCUUCCUCAGACCUUCUCUCCUUUCUCUUGUAAAUUUGGUCGUUCGCCAUUUCCCGGCAAAGUCAUUUUUCGAUUCCCAAAUCUGUCUACCCCAGUCCCAAAUGAUUUUUACCAUUUAUUUUAAAGGGCACAACUUGAUUUAUAUUAUACAUACAUUAUAAACAUGAAUUAUCCCACAUCAUUUAUCACAGGGACAUUAAAGAUCAUCUCAUUCCAACCCUCCUGCCAUGGACAAGGGCCCCUUCCACUAGGCCAGGAUGCCCAAAUCCCCAUCCAACCUGGCCUUGAACACUCCCAGGAACGUGGCAGCCACAGCUUCUUUGGGCAACCUGUUCCAGUGCCUCACCACCUUCACAAGAAAGAAUUUCUUCCUAAUAUCCAAUCUAAACCUGCCCUGUCAGUUUGAAGCCACCAGCACAUGAAUCAAAGCCUCUGAGCAAUUCCAUUUCAUAUUUCUCUAUGUGCCCAGCCACUUCUAUUAAAUAAAGAAAUAUCUGUGACCCGUUUGAGGGCUUUCUGGCAGUCAGUGAUAUUUGCCAAGAAAUGUUCAACUGAACUGAAAUGUUAGGGAAAGUCUGCCUGGGCUAUUAAAUUAAGUUCGACUGACAAAUCUUACUUUGCCUUGUGAGGUGGAAACUCUUCCUUUGGGUACCUAGCAGCACAUGGGUUUCCUUCCCUUGCAAACCCUGAUCAGGUGUUGCACCAAGGGUCUUGGCUUUUACAAAAACUGAACAUAUGGUCUCUGCCCCUCUAUUUGCUUGCAUCUUUUCCAAGUAGUGUAAGCAGCCAGUAGAAGAUUUUCUGGGACUUAUUUUAAUUUCCUCUCUCUGUGGUCUUUUCAUCUACCUGGGGAUAUAAUCAGUUCUGUAUGUUUGCACACCUUUGAAAUUGGGUGUUAUGUUACUGCUUCCUCCUCCUCUGUCCUGCGUACUUGGAGAAGGGGAUGGAGCUUUCAGCACUGUUUAUUCAAUACCAUUUUACGUCAUAGUCAUAGACAUGCUUUUGGCAGGGAAAAUGCCAUGGCCAGAAAUCAAAGGGGGGCCAUUUUUGUUUGUCUUACUCCAUCUAAAGGACCUGCAGACCCCAGCACCCCAUGCCCUACCAUUUUCCCCCAUUUCCCAUCCCUCCAGGAUGUUUUUGCUGGACAAGGGGCUGAGGAGAGACAUCAGUGCAGCUCCCGGAGGAUGGUGCUGAAGUGACAGCACUGUAAUGCAGCUGACACCAGCGGAGCCAGGGCUGCACAGCUUUCGGUUCAACAUGGGACUGGUUCUUCUCCCCCCUUCAGGGUGGCAAAGUGACCUGGAGCAACAGCAUUGAUUUCAACUGAGUCCAGCCAAGCCAAGAGGGACUCCAGCUGAGCUGGAAAAGAGCCCAGUGAGGUGGUAGGAAGAGGCAGCUGAGGUGGCAGAACCAACCACCACACACCCCCAGAAUGGCGGACCAGUGGUAGCAGCAGUGCAGGAACCUGGUAUCGAACUGAACUCAGCAGAGAAAGACACUCACUGCCACCACCACCACCACUGUCGCAGAGACAGAGCAGGAAAACCUCUACCGCAGAUCCAGAGCUGCUCCAGGCAGCACCAGCACCCCCCAUCCCCCAUUGGAAUUGCUCUAUAAGCCCCCGCCAUCUUUUCUUUGUUCCAGGGAGGCCUCAUGUCUUGGUUUGAAAGACAGGUGUCUGCUAGGGAGGGGGCAGGACCUCCCUGGAGAUGGAGAAUUCAAAUCCCCUCCCUCCAAAUUAUUCUAAUUUAGAAAAUUAAAGGGGCUCUCAGGCAGAGGUAUGGGGAUAGGAAUAACAGUUCUCUACUAGUAUAUAUGACAAAACAAACAAACAACAACAACUAUAGCAUUAAUAAUAAACAGAACCAGGAACCUCAAGGGCUUUCUUUCACAAAAGCCCGAGGGCAGCUUGAUCUCAGUGCCCCUGCGGGACUCCGAGAGACCAAGCUGGAAACGGUGGAAAGUCCCAGGCUGUUGGAUGAGAUCAGAUGCUCUGUGCUGGUAGAUGGAACGGCAGGGUUGUCCGGGCAGGGCAGGGCAGUGUAGGGCUACAGAGUAGCAGAAAAGCCUCAAAGCGUGGAGGAAGCAGCAGCCGGACCAGCAGGGCAGGAGGAGAGCUCAGGAUUCCUGGCUACAGGAGCAGAUGAUGGUAGAUUUCCCAGGAUGAGACGGAGUGAUGACCAUGAACUCUUCCCGCAGCAAAACAGCCACCUGACCGUUCUCCCCGAUGCCAAGAGCAAGAGAGCGAAACUGCCCCCAACCCCUCUUUUAUUUCCCCCAAAACUCGCGUUAUCACCCCUCUCUGAGGGAAACUCCCGGAGACCCAAAAAAAAUAGGUGUAGCCUUGUGCUGCCAUUUCCUUUGGCCACUUCUUUGUUUUAGUUAAGCACUCAGUCAUUAAGUUUCCUAGCAACUUAUGGGAAAAAAUUCUGUAAGUGAAGAAGAAACAAAUCUAACCCCCAACACCUCAUGAUACUGUUGCCUUUUUCCCAACCUGGAAAUGAAACUUGAGAUAAUUUUAGUAAGGAGGUAAUAUAAGAGCAGAUCUUUAUUUGAAGGCUUUCAGGGGCAGUUAUAGAAAGAUGUCCAUGAAAGCCCACCGCCUCCAGGGAUGAGUACAUAUUUAUAGGUUUUAGGAAAUUAGCAUAAUUGAUAAAAAGCACCAAUUAGGAGGACAAGUGGUGAUGCAAUUCUCCCCCAGGUCAGGCCCCUUCUCUGGAGUCCCCCCCUCAGCACUGGCUGUACUUUGUCCAUGAAAAUGUAUCUCAAAGAGUUGUUCUCGGCCUUGGUUCCCAGGAAGAACCAAGAUAGUAUAGGGGCCUUGUACCCCUCAGGGCUUGGAACUCUGGAUUUUGUUUUGUCUUUCUUCCUAGGCAAAGGGCAUGGAAAAGUACUGGGAAAACUAAUCACUAAUACAGUAGGCUACAAAGCUACAAAUAUAUGUGUGAAGAAUACAGAGAACAUAUAAAAGAAAAAAAGGCAAAUCUCAAAAUGGCAUCAACACCUUGCUUUUGUUGGUUUAACCACAUCCUCUUUUGUACAAUUUUAUUUUUUAUUGUUGUGUUUAUUGCUAUUUUAUUUUAGUAAAAUUGUGCCUCUAA